GAGCGGGAAUUUAAAAUGGCGGAAGCAGCUAGCGAUGAUGAUUGCAACGGAGAAAAAUUAAUUUAUAAAGUAAACAACAUUUUGCCAGUUUAUGUUUCACAAGAACACCUGAAGAAGUUUCCACAGUUUCAAAACCUUCUCUUGAAGUUGAGUGAUCAUGUAAGCCCUGAAGGAACUUCUAAACACGUGUUAGAGGAAGUUAAACAAGCAGAGGAAGAACUGAAGAAAGAGAAGCUUGCUUAUUUUCAAGAUCUCAUUGUUUAUGACAUAAUCCAGGAAUUAUUACUUAAUUUUGACAUCAGCAGUCGGAAGACGGUACUCUCUACAGAAGAGAUACAGAUUUAUUCUGACCUCAAAAACUGUUUUAUAAAUGCUGAGCUGACUAACUACCUUGAUGUGCAUAGCAAUGACAGCUCUUUGAACAAGGAAAAAUCAUGCCACAUGCUAGGACUCACUCCAACACUUCUCACGGUUCAGUCACCAGCUGCAGCAGAAGAGAUUGUGAAAAAUAAAAUGGUUCAGCAGAUAGAGGAGAGUGUUUUAAAGAGAUGUAAAGCUAUUUUGAACUUUCUUGGUCAAGGUGAAACAAGCGAUAAGCUUAUCUCUGCAAAGAUGUCCCAGUUGGCCGUGAAGUUGGAUGCUCAGAAACAAACGGUAGAGGAAAGGAAACAGAAAAUAGAUGCCAGUCAUGAAAGGAAGGAUAAGCUUAUCUGGGAACAUUUUCAGACACUUAUGGAGUCAGUUAAUGUCCUUAAGAAGUUACUCUUGAGCCACAGAUUAAAGUCGCAGGUUGACUACGAUUCAAUCACUGGGGAAUAUCUCAUUUCUAAGUGUGAUGCCUUGCUGUUAAAAGCUAGAGUUGUGGAACUUGAAAUUAUGUGCGAAACAUAUACAACAGACUGUGUUUCAGCUCUGAAGGUCAUAAGAGACCAACUCAAUAAAAACAAAACAUCUGUAUCCAAGGAAGUAUCAGAAGCAACGAUGGCAUUAAGUGCUUACGAGUCUGUUGGUGAAGAUUUCGACCGGCUGGUUCAAGAAUACUCGUACCUGAAGGCAGAGAUUGAAAACAAACAGUGGGCACUAAAAGAACUCCAAAAUUCUUAACUGAAAAAAAACUCUACAUUAUAUUCCACUUUGUGACAAGAGUAAUAUUCAUUAACACUAGAUGGCAGCAGCUCCUUAAGGACUGUUUUAACGUGAAACCUUCUAAAGAGGUAAGCAACCUACGUUAAAGUGUGAUGUACAGGUUGUGUGUUUAUUACUCUGUCAAAUUUAGCACAAUAUACUUUAUGUCUUAUCAUUUUUUUAAAAGUUUUGAACACUAUAAAGAAAAGUUUGUGUACAUUUAACCAAAGUUAACUUUGAAGAACUUUUCUCCUUACCAUUUCAUUGGACAUUUACAAAUUACUUGUAAUAAAUAGAACUGUGAAAGGCCCUGCAGAAAAGAAAUAGUUACUGUAAUGGUGCAGUUUUCCCGAGGAUUUGCAUCAGUCGGAAAAGUUUCAAUUGCUUAUUUAGUGUUAGCCACUGUAAAUCUCAUGUGAGACCCACUAGCAGGAACAUAUGAUGAACCAGAAUUAACCCUGGGACUUGUUUUUUAAAGUCUGUAUGAUCAAUUCAACACCAACUUCUCUGUGUAUAUUUUAAUUUAUUUUUGAAUUUUAAAGAAAUACAUUACACAGUUUUUUUAAAGUACUUAUGAUAUCAAGUUGAUCUUAUUUUUAACCAAGAGUCUUGUUAACUUAUCCACAAAGCAGGAUGCUAGUUUAACAAUACUGAAAUAAGUUACUUAAUCACUUUGUACGUAAAAUACUAAUGACAGCUUAUAGCCGAAAUAAACUUGAUUAUAUAUAUAUAUAUACAAAAUAACCUUUUGAGCACAAACAGA